AAUUUCUUCCCUUCAUUCCACACCACAAGUGCAAUUGCUAGUGGUACUUGUUAAUGUAAACGUCCAUAGCAAAGAAUAACGGUACUUUUUCAUGUGAAUAGCCAUAGCAAAUCAGAAAAAUGGCGUUCAGAGAAACAGCGACUGCUAUGCCGAGGUGGAGAAUAGUUCACAUUCCGGGGGAGCUGCCAAAUCCAGAGGAGAAACAAGCCACAGUUGAUGUUAUUGCUUCAAAGUUUGAACCGAAACUUGGCAGCACACUUGUCAGGCAGUUAAAUACAAUAGCACCAUUGGAGAAUCUUGGUCAUGUGAAACGGGUUCGCAAGUCUUUUCUUGAAGGUAAGCUUGAACUUUCCAUUAUUCUUUGUGUUGCUGGAGAUCAUUUGGGUGACCUAGAAAAAGACCUACCUCAGACUGUGAUUGAACUGACAAAGGCAUACCAGUUGGAACCAUUUAUGGCAAGAGUUCCCAAGUACACUGCAUCUUCAAGAGAAGAAUGGGAGGCACAAUGUCAACAUUGGCCAACAUCAUAUCAUCCAAAUGUAUGCCACACAUCUCUCUAUCAGUGGAAUAGAUGUUUUUAUGACCAGUGUUCUGUGGCUAAGAUUGGGAAGUUGUUACUUGUGUGGUGUAAAAUCAGUGAUAGCCAAGCUCUUGAGGAACUUAGUGGAGAGGAGGCUAGCCUAGCAUGCUUCUUUAUGAAAGCUGCAAUAGAAAAUGCAAAGCUUGCGCAGAAGUGUGGUCAGUUGGCCAAUGGAGCAGUCAUUGUUGAUCCUUCACUUAGAGAGAUAAUUGCUUGUGGCCAUGAUCAAACUGGUUCUUGGCAGGUUAGCCAUAACAAAUGCCUCACUCAAGAAUGUGAUUCAAAUAUAGAAAACAAACUUGAAGGGACUGUUUCUCUGCCUUGUCAUAAUGUUGAGAUUCAAUCAGAACAUGUGGGUGUUAAGGAUGCAGAACAUGAAAGAGAUGAGAACAUAAAUUUGAAAGCAAGUGAUUCACUAGAUGUAUUUGCAAAAGAUGGUGAAUGGCAUCCAUUAAAACAUGCAGUCCUUGUCGCUAUUGAAAUGGCAGCUAAGAGAGAUAAUGAAUUAUUUCCAGAUCAAAGAUUUUUGCCUUAUAAAGAUGGCUCAAAAUCUGACUUGUCAGGGUUUAGUAUAAAACGGCAAAAGAUGACAAUGUGCAAGGAAAACACAGACGGAGCACAGGAUAUUCCAUCAAUAGAAUAUAAACUGCCUUUUGCAUCUGAAGAUAUUCCACGACCUUACCUCUGCACAGGAUUUGAUGUUUAUGUUACACGGGAACCAUGUGCUAUGUGUGCAAUGGCUCUUGUUCAUGAAAGAGUCCGUCGGGUAUUCUAUGCAUUCUCAAAUCAAAAAAAUGGUGCAUUAGGUAGUGCUUAUAGAUUGCAUGGAAUAAAAAGCCUUAACCAUCACUAUACCGUGUUUCGAAUAGAAGUCCCCGACGAAAUUCUAGUGGAGCUAAUUUAGCGUAGUGGAUAUUCUGAGGACAUUCAAAUGAAAUUUAUUUGCAAGUGAAAUCCCUACACAUGCUCUGCAAGAUUUAUAAGAGCUUGGGGCCAGAGACGGUAGUGGUUAGAAAAGGAUUUUGACAUUUGACUUCACUUCAAUGCAUACACAUUUUGCUUUGGAUUCGAUCAGAAUGUCAAUAGAGAUGGAAGAAGAAAUUUCUUAUGGAGUGCUCAACUGGUGGCUUUCAAAUAUCAUGAAGACAAGUUUCGUGAAAGAUGAGUUCUAUUUCAAAUUUUCGGCAACAAUCAAGAUAUCACUUUGUGAACUUGCAUGACAUGAUGUGGACAGGAUACUGUACUGAUUGGAAAGGACUAUGAGCUUCUAUUCGUCAUGACACUGUCCAUCAGUAUGCAGGCAUAUAAUUUUAACUAAUACUGGUGGAUGCCAGCAUCCGGAUCUUGCUCAUAGGGAAAUUGAUAAUCAGAAAAUUUAAAACUUUCAAAUUUUGAUAGAAAGAUGUUCAUUUAAUAAAUCUUGCGUGAUAUUGAUAAAAUUUCUUAUGUGGAAUUAAUUUGUUGCAAGAGUGAGAAGGCAGUGUUGGUACAACCUGCACAAAUUUUGUAGUGUAUGAAGCUUUGAGGCCUUUUAGACAUGAUAAUUGGAAUUGGUACCAAUUUUUACA